CAUUUAUGGGGGAAGACUUUGAAGUUUUGGAUUCAAGCCCUGAAGGCCCUCCAGUGCUCUCGCUACAAACGCCUCAACAACCUUCUUGUGUUCACAAAAAAUGCAGCAGUGAAGGGAAAUUAUUGAGAGAACUUCAUGAAAAACAGUGUAUGGACAAUCUGACUGAAGUUCGGCAAAACUGUGGGAACACUUUGUUGAAGUCACCACCCAGAAGUUUUCUUAAGACAGAUAUUCCCCUGAAUAACUCUUUGAGCAUCUUUCAAGAAAAUAAAAAUCCAAAAAGUUUUAAAAAGGCAAUGAUUCCUCUACUUUCUGAACAGAAAUCUUUACGGAGAAAUAAUUUAGCGUCAGUGGGUUCAAAAAUUAGAAAGAAUAUAAAUAAAUCUCAAAAUAUCCCUGACCUUAAGCUUAAACAAACAUCUAUUCUUGAUUUCUUCAACUAAAAUGC